CGUAGAAGUAUAGAUUGCCAAUGCUACCGCGGCCCGACUCAGUCCUCCAGCGAACUCCACCGAGGACUUGUUGAUCCCUGGAACUGGCGAGGAACGCAGCUGGUCCUUACUGAUCGUCCUAGAGGGAAAAACCGGCUGAGUUGCAGUAGGGUUUAGACGCGGAACGUUAGGUCUUCGGUGUCAGUCCGUCACGAAUAUGCACACGUGCGUUGCAUUAGCCUUCGUCGCACUAGCGUGCACGACGUACUUUGGAGUGGAUGCAUGGGGCGGUCUCUUCAACCGUUUCAGCCCGGAAAUGGUGUCGAGCCUCGGCUACGGCAGCUAUGGAGGCUCCAGCGAUUACAAGUCGGGAGUGUACCAGCGGCCGUUAUCCGGUGCCUACGGGAAUUCUUAUGGGGAAUCGUUGGAGGAACUGGCGGACGUGCCGUGCUACGAGAGAACGUGCACGGCCAAUCAGCACUGUUGCCCAGGUUCCAUUUGCGUUAACGUUGACGGAGUUGUCGGACACUGCAUGUUCGAUUUCGGGCAGAAGCAGGGCGAGCUCUGCAGGAGGGACAACGACUGCGAAACUGGUUUGAUGUGCGCCGAGGUGCCCGGCAGCGAAUCCCGCUCGUGUCAACCACCGGUGACAUCGAAUAAACUCUACAACGAGGAGUGCAACAUGUCCAGCGAGUGCGACAUCGGCCGCGGUCUAUGCUGUCAGCUGCAAAGACGUCACCGACAGACACCCAGAAAAGUUUGCUCCUACUUCAAGGACCCCCUGGUGUGCAUCGGGCCCGUCGCGACGGACCAGAUCAAAUCCGUCGUUCAGUACACCUCCGGUGAGAAACGGAUCACCGGGCAAGGGAACCGAUACUUCAAGAGCGUCCCCUUCGCCUAAGACGCUCGCCGGUCGUUCCUUUUCAGCCGGCGUGAACGGAGGGAGCGUCGCAUGAAAUCAAACCCAUCGCGUCUAAUUGUCGCAGAUAUAAUUUAGUAUAAUUUUUCCUAUGAUUCAAGAAGCCUGUCGACUCGGAAAUCCUCUCGAUUCGUUCGAUGCUUCCCGACCCUGCCCCACCGGGAUCAUCCGCUCGGCUGGGGGAGGAUCGGCGACGCAAAACACGCCUUCCGAUCGGUUUUCUCCUAACAUUGCGACUGAGAAGUAUGAUACAUAUCAGAGUAGCCUGUCUCUUAGUAUCGUAAGAAGAAAUACAUAUCACUGAGAAGAUUCGCGGGGCGCGUUUCCAAUAGUUAGGCUCGAUCUUCGACGAGCUCCGUGUACAGGACGGUUCCAACCGUUCGUCCCUGUCGUCGGACAUUCCUAUCCGAUCUUUCGUUUAAUUGAUCUAGUGGGCUAGAUGUUCUCGGAGCAAUUGAAACUGAAGUCACACCAUCGGGAAACGGUCCUGUUUGCUUUGCCCUGUACGCGGGAGAAACUGACAGAUCCUCGAAUCGAGUUUCCUGAAUUUACUCGUAAGGUGUCUCCUCGAAUUACUCAAACGCACAGACAGAGUAAAAGAAUAUAUAUGGAUAUAUAUAUAUAUAUAUAUUUUCACUCGGCUGAUUCUCGGUUAAUGAAGAGGUCGGACAGAUAUCAGUGGUCAGAUAGGAGGAAUAUUUUUCACGGGGAAGCGACGGAUAUUGGCGAACCAUGGCGUGACCGUGGAACCACGAAAUCGAUGUCCAAUUGAUUGAACGUAUUCUGUUUAAAAGAAAAAAGGGGGAAAACACUAUGGGAACUUGACGGAACGAAGAAACGCUUCGUCGGUGUCUGCAGGAAUGUUAAUUCGCGUGACGGUUAACGUGAUAAUUACGCGAAUUAAGUCGCACCGUGGAUUUUCAGGACAAGCUGAUCCGCUCGACGCGUGUCCGGGAGAAAAUCUGGAAAACAUACAUAUCAAAGAAGUUUUUGCUUCGCGUAGCGUAUAUUCCGAAAUUCUCUAGAUAUACACGUAAUACACGUAUGUAUACGUAGAGAUCUGGUAUUCUAGAUUUUCCGUUUCAAUGUGAAAGUCGCUCGAUUUAAACGUUUAUCGCGGAAAUCGCUCUACACGUCAAGAAAAUCGCGGGAAUCGCUCCUUUGAAUAUUGAAAUCUCGGAGGUCGCUUUGUUAAGUGUUAAUUAAAUACUUAGCGUUUAAUGUAACGUAAUUAUCAGAUACAUACUUGUAUAUAUAUAUACAUAUCUAUAUGUGUAUAUAUAUAUACUUGUGGGAAUCGCUACAUUAACUAAUGUCUGUCUGUAAUUACUAACCGAAAAGUUCGAUCAUUCUGGGAAUCGCAGGUGUUAAUCGUAACUGUGGCUUUAAAUGAAUCCACUCGCGUCGUUGAGUCGACGACGGACAGAGCAAAUGUUACAAUUGUAAUUAUUAUCAGAAGCCGCGGUGUUAUCUUUUGGUUGUUUUAUGAAAAUGUGAAACAUCAUCGCGGACACUCUUUCUGAUGCGUCAAGUACCUGCUGCGAAAUCUGGACAAACCCUCGUUUCUACGCCACUGAUGCUAGUCAUCGAGAGUCCAAGCACACGAAUAAAAACCAAACCAACAAGAAAAAAAAAAUGGAAUCGUAUUUCUAGUUACAAGGAAGAAAAGGAUAAUUAUUAUACUUCCAACGUUGAUCGUUAUCGUGUAAGGGAACUUUAACAUAUCAUGAAUGCCUAAAUCCAUUAAGGAGAGUUUUAAUCUUGUGAAUGUUAUUACGCGAGAUAAUAUGUAUAUCGUAUUGAAAUUAUAUUUUUAUCUUCGAUCGAUAUGUAUACUUACAUUAUAUAUUUACAUAAUAUUCAUAUAUUUUCCGGAAACGUGUAUAUAAAUAUAAAGUAAUUAUAACUGUAACCCUCUGAUGCGUCGCGCGUCACGUUGCUUGCAACUAUAACCAUUGUUUUCGUAUUGGAAAUUCUAUUGAACGAUUCAGCGAGUACCGAUCCGAUAAUUUUUAAGUCAGAGAUGGAAUGAUUAUUUCGUUUGUGUAAUCGUUGAAUUGUUACCGUUUAUAAAUAGGAAAGGACUAACGUCUGAUUACUAGACGACGCCGAUGCACAUCGUCGACUUGUUGAUUGUCUGAUUGAAUAGUUUAUGAUAGAGUUCUGUAAUAUAUUGUUUACGCGUGCGACUCAUUAGGGGGCUAUGGCCGCUUGGGCCCUGAGUCAAAGUACCUCUAUCGAAAGAAUUAAUUCCAUAAUUAUAUGUGUAUAACUAUAUGUACUGUUCGAAAUUAUAAUGCAAAGUUAUACUAGUUUAAUGUGAAAUACAAUGUGGUGCAUACAAAGAUA